CACUACGCGCGCGACAUUCGGUGCGUGAUCAUCGAUGGGUGGAGAGUGCGCGCCGAGUACGGGUACACGUUGUCGGAAUGGAGAACGCGCGUGCGAUCAACAUGUGACGUUUCGCGAAUGGUAACGGUGAUCAACGAAUCCCCGAUCGACUAGCCCAGUGGAGUCGAAUAUUUUUUGCCAAGACACUAGGAAUCUCUACUGCCUUCAGUCUCGAUCCUUCAGAGAUUGCUGUCGAAGAAUAUGAAUAUACUGUUGUAACGGAUCGAAAAGAUGGAGAACCAAGGUUUCGAGGAGGAACGUCAACAGCCAGGGGGGGAAGAAACGUCGCUGCGUGAGCCCCCCCGCGAUUCGCCACUGUUCGCCGUAGACUCGUCCGAUGGUCACGUAUACGAGGACAUUUUGCCUGGCGCGGGGGAUCUUGCCAACUGUCCCGGAGUUCCGAUCGCUCAGGCUGCCCCCCGAGAAGAACCUUCGUCGCAAUUGAACAAGGACAGAGAUGAAACAACAGUGUUUACGUUUCGUCGUAAUUUGACUCUACCGUUUCGACGAGGCACCGAUCUCGACCAGUCCACUGUUCGCAGCUCUUCCGUACGUCUGGCGAGUCGAAGUAGAAUCGAAGAAGAAGAUGGUCAUCUAGAAGAGGACGCGGAACUGCCGGCACUUCCGGUCAUGUUCCAAGCCGAGUGCAACAGGCCCAAUAAAAGACGCAGGAAGAAGGACUGCAAGCAUUGUAGAAGCAAAGCAAACGCCGUCGCAUUUAACAACGACGACCAACAGCGACAGAUCGAUCGCGACGGUGAGAACGAUACGGUUGUGAGACGGAACAGGGACAAUGAGCGACAGCAGCAGCGUCUGCAAAUAGUAUCGUCGGGCUCGAACGAUGCCCGAGCGAUCCUCGAUCCGCGCGAUUUCGCCGCGUUGGCCGCGCGCCUGCCGAACGAAUCGGUGGGGGAAUCGCGUGGCGACUCGCCCUCGGUGUUCAGCAUCUCCGAGAAAAUCGCGGGAUCAUCCCCGGUGAAGCUGAGCGGAAGCGAGCGAAUCGGUGGCGCAAAUCUUCUCGUCCACUCGGCGGAGAUCAACGAGAACGACGCUCUGAUCGAGUCGGAGAAGACACGGCCGAGUAUGAGGGUAAACUCGAUUUAUUCGCAGGAUCGUUGGUACACCAAGGAGCCGCCGAUAUUCUUCACCGACGUCAAGGAACACGGUUCGUUUCAGAGGGCCUACUCCCUUCCGAUGCGAACGCAGACCCCGUCCUCCCAAAAUCGGAUCAACCUGCGACGAAGCGUCAGAGGGGAACCACCUCCGCAUCCGGCCAGACUUCGGAAACACAGACACGGCUGGACCUUGCAUCUGGCGCAUCCUCUCGAGGCUUCCGGGUGCAGCAGGUCUCUCGUCCUCGUGUUGAUCGCGUUGCUGAUACUCCUGGGUAUCGGUGCUGUCGCACUGUACAUCGCGUUCGAACCGGAGAAGCUGCAGAUCAUUCAACAGUACCUGAGAUCGCCAACAAACGGUUCGUCGUCCGAUGUCGACGCGUCGACCAUCGGGACGUUUCUACUGGGAUCGAGCAACGAGGAGUGGAACGGCACGUCGAGCGUGUCACCGACAAUACCGACGCGACAGCAACCCUCGGUCGAUAAUACUCUCGCUCCAAUCGGUAUCCUUUUCAAUGGCGACUCGUCGCUUCUGCCAGCCUCCGAAACGGAAACGAAAGCUACUACCAGUCCGUCCAGUCUCAACUCCACUAGGUACUGCGACGAUUGCCUGUCAGAGGAGGUCUGCGUAGCUCUCGUCGACGAAGAGGUACCCAUCUGCAGGCUCGCCCUCGAUCCCAAGGAUCCAACCGGCUGUGCCGGCUUCUGUCUCAUCAACAAGCAAAGGUGUCAUCGUCUGGACGUCGACGCAUUCAGGUGCGUCGAGGUAGAACAUUAUUGCCUGGACGACGAGUGGACUUGUCUCAACACGUUGUGCAUCCCCCUCGAGAAGCAUUGCGACGGGCACAUGAAUUGCUACGACCACUCGGACGAGUACAAUUGCGCCUGCGAUCUGCAGACUCAUUUUCAGUGUGGUAACGAGACUUCCUGCCUUCCGCUGGAAAACAGAUGCGACGGCAAGAUAGAUUGCUGGGACGCCGCCGAUGAAAUUAACUGCACUUUGGGUCUUAAUCUCGGUGGGUCCUGCCCCUCGGAGAAUGAGUUCACGUGCAGCAACGGCCAGUGCAUACUUAGGGCCCGCUUCUGCGACAGUUUGCCAGACUGCCUCGACGGAUCGGACGAACCUCAUGGCUGCCAAGGACGGUGCAACAAGCAGGAGUUCACGUGCCAGAACAACAGAUGCAUUACGAAGGGAAUGAAGUGCAACGGGGUGGACGAUUGCGGCGACGGGACCGACGAGAGGCACUGCAAGGAUCGAUUCUCUUAACUUUUCUCGACGUUUUCGUCGCGUUACAGUAUUUUUUUUUUUUUAUUGCGAAUCGAUGUAAUUAAAUCGUUGUACAUAACUGUGCUGUGUUGUACAAACACGCAGUGGUGUGGAAUAAACCAUUUACAAAAAACGGAA